AUGGUCGCCGGGAAUGACGUCUCCUGUCCUCAACAGACCAAGCAAGUAAUGGAUAAGGCCCAGGUCGAAAAAGCACUUCGGAUAGAUGACCAGUUGUGCAUUGCACGAGAUGGCUAUGAAUAUCAGAUUAUAGCAUUCGAAGACCGACAUCUGAACAUGGCACCAAACCACAGGAAAAUCAGAGAAUAUUCAACAUUGAAGUGGGAAGGGUUGAUUUCACUGGUAGUGAAGGCGGAAGUCAAGGACAUCGAGUUGCUCGUGGAGUUGCAUCGCAAUCUUGCAGAAUCGUUUUAUCUUCAGGAGUACAGAAAAGAGUGGGAUCCGGAUCCUAAUGAUUCGGAGUUGCAGGACCGAAGAAGGAGACUUUUACGGGCCUAUGAUUUGAAGUGGGAAAUACAAAGACCUACACUGCUCAAACACAUGCAAACUUAG